CGAAUACAUAUAAGUUGCGGGCUUGGCGACGAUACUAUUUACAGUCGUUGUCAGAUUGUAGGGCCUCCUUCGUCUCUUGGCAAGGUGCACAAGCUAGGUUUAGGUAGUAUUUGGUGGCUCGGUAGUGGACAGUAGGUAUCGCCAUCUCUCUGCUGGAAUAGCUGAAUGGCGGGUGUGCGGCACAGAUUUUCUUCUGAACGGCCUGACAACGAGAGCAUAGAAUUGUAUUAAACAUCGCCUUAUCGCGAGGGCCCCAAGCGUUUGCAAAUUCAAAUCGAAACUUGUUCGGUAGAUGACUACACUGCAAACCGCUGUCGCUACUAUCGCCCCUAUCUAUGCUGUCAACUCCAUUUCAGUCUGUCUUCGCGGCUUUCGCUGUGACAGCGGCUGCCAGGCUUAUUCAAGUCCCAUUCAACAACUACGCUCACUUAUCGCCCGACAUUGACGGUCCCUGGCCUACUUUGAGGGUCGACUAUGAAGACUCGCAAGAUAAUCUAACUCUCAACACAUAUCUCACUCUCGCCAACGCGUCUCUUCUCAUUAGACCGCAUACAUGCGGGGAUGAGGUAGAAGAUGGCAAAUUGCGCUGUGGCGAGUUUACCUUCCCCGAGGCGUACCACAAUGUCUCGACAGCGAAACAGACGAGGCUUCCUGAGUUGACGGACUCGUUCUUGUCGAACGUUAGUUAUCUAACACCUUGGGAUGAAUUUUCUCUGAACUCGCGGCAAGGUUUGGACUUCUUCCGUUUCAUGUCUUUCAACGGGCUUAUCACGGGCAUCAACUUUACGUCCAACCUUGCAGGACAUCGUAUCGAGACACCUGCUAUCGUGGGCGAGAAGUUGGCUACUCAAGCGUCCAAUAACUCACACUCAGUACCGUUAUUGAACUCCAUGAUAUCUCUUCCCAACAUGGCCAGCAGCCUGUCGGAGGCUGGGAGGGUAUCUUCUCCAUUUUCCAGCUUUCACAUGGGCUCGGUCGAACCCCCAGUCAAUGGAUCCCUCAUUAUUGGUGGGUAUGAUAAUAAAAAGAUUAUGGGCGAUCUGCUGAAUUGGACCGAGACAUACAACACAAGAGGAAACCCGAGCGGCAACCUUGUGUUAACUCACAUCUAUAUCGGUGUUGACUCUGGUUUUCUACCCUUAGACAGCCUCAGGCUCAAUAAUCAGUCUUUUCCCCAGGGUCCGUACAAGCAAGAUCCGAGCCUCUUGCGCGAUAGACGGAAUUUCACCACCACGGAAAUCAUCAUAGAGCCCGGAAGCCCAUAUCUUCACCUGAACCAUGGGGCCUGUGGUCAACUAGCGGGGCUACUAGACCUGGAAUAUGAUGCUACACGGAAUCUGUACCUGUGGUCAUAUCCGCCCGAUCACCCUAUAUUUCGAUCUCCCGUGUAUCUCGAGUUUGUGCUUAGGCCAUAUUGGGAUGACUAUGACUUGGACGAAUCCCAAGCAGGGGUUCCUGAAGUAUCUAUCAAGGUUCCUAUAGCAUCACUGCAACAUACCUUUCAUGCCACCACGCGAGCAAUAAAUGGCUCGCUUCUGCCCCCCGCACGUUAUUUUCCUUGCUCGCAUCAUGACUCCGAAUGGAGUAACGGCUGGUACACCUGGCCACGGCUAGGCCGCGCAUUUCUCCAAUCUGCAUUUUUGGCUUCUUCUUUCAAGUACAAUGAUGAUGCGGACACUGUGGCGAAUUAUUGGCUUGCACAGGCCCCUGGCCCGGGGGGAAUUGGAGGAAAUCUUGCUGCAGAUCUCAUCGAAGUAACAUCUGGAACCAUACCCAACAGAACAGGCGUGAAGUUGGAAGCCAAUGCGUGGACGAGAAGUUGGAGCAGCGUCCUGCCAAUGUGGACGUUGGAUUACGACGGCGUAACAACUCUUGACCAGCUUAAUAUGAUCUUAGAGGCCCCGCAUCAGAAUAAUCUUGGUCUCAAGGUCGCGGUGUCGAUUGUUGGGACAGCUGUUGUCCUCGUCGCCCUAUUCUUCGGUGUUAAGGGCAUUCGCAGAUCGCGAAUCAAUAAUGCGCGGGUCAAACGAGAGAUAGAAGAAGAAGAUGCCACGGCGCGGGAAAUAGAACGGCUUUCUUUACUGAAGAAAGAGGAAGCGGAAGCAGUGUCUCGAGCUUCGACCGAUGACCGACCGACGAGCAGAUACUCAUUGUCUGUGAGCAGUUUGAGCGACGACGAGUCUCGAGUUCUGAGCUCGAGCAUGUCUUGACCGUUUAAUAGGCAGAGCUGCUGCAUCACUACCCUAAAUUAGCAGAGUAUUCCACUCUGUGGAGUUGUUGGAGUUGUUUUAUAUGCAUCUUUCGGGAAGCACGUACCACAACUACAUUUACAUUACGUCACGCAUACUCACCCACAGCAACAAGCACACCAAUAAGAGCUGGCGUGUAACAAUGCUGGCCAGUUCGGUUCAUGCUAACUCUGAUAAGAUUGCAGAGACUGUGACCGGUCGGGUUAACAACGGGGCUCAAAAUGUCUUACCACAAGUUACCAGCAUUGUUCAGAGCGCUCCUCUUCUGCAGGAAUAGUCCAUGUGACAUCAAAAUGCCUUCUGAAUGUCCGAACACUGGCGACCUCUACAUUCACCAAUUCAUCGCUCCACUACAAUAACAUAGAGCCUAGUGGCUAACCAAUGGGAGACAGUCACUGUAACUGUCGCAACAAGAAUCCCUGUCUGCUGUCUGCUGGCAGCACUCACCCACACACC